AGAAAUGUAUCUUAUCUCGGCAAUAUAAAAUUUUGCGCGUUUAAUGGUUCGAAAACGCACGGCGGAAAUUAAAGUGGUUCACCAGAGCGUUAUUAAGAAAGCGUGCCGGUCCAUCGAGAUGACAUUUAUUUAUCGAUAUCCCGCGGGAAGCUUUGGAACAAUUUUUAAACGAAUUGCUCGUGGAAGUUUUGCGAAAGCAACUUACCCUCAUGAUUUUCCACGGAGAAGUACGCCCAAGUGUAAAAAAGAAAUGGAUAUACCAACGGAAAUAAAAGCACCCCGAACUAUGUUUCCUCGGAGCAGGCAGUUGUGUGAACUGGCACGACACGGACGUCUGCAUUGGCGGCCUGCAACUUGCACUUGCACCAGUCAGUGACCGGUUACGC